CUUGCUGAAUCAGCAUUUUAUAUAGCUAGAUUACGUAUAAUUUAGCUUCUGAGGCUUAUGUUGCUCUCAAAACAAAUUAGCUGAACUUGCCGUAUAGCUAUAAACAGUGUGGGUGGGGGCUGAGAUGCUGUGCCUUACCGUCUGCAUUUUUUUGCCACCUUGCUGUUGCUGAUAAGGCAAAUACAAACGUUGUGCCACCUUGUUGCAAGAUUUCCUGUAAUAUAUUGUAGAAAAGAGGCAGUGAACCUGAGUAUUUUCCUUAGCAGAACGAUCUCCACGAAGAAAAAGUUCUGCUAGCGUGCUCAACAGGUGGGCUGGGUGGAAAAGGGUGAUGUAGGAGGUGACUGUGUCAUCUAGCAGCGCUGAAUCAUGUGAGGACGGGAGGGAGAACAAACCCCCUUCAGGUGCAACCCUAUGAAUUGCCUCAGCUAUGUACUAUGUAUAGAUGCUGAACUAAAUAAUUCAGCCAUGAUCCUAGGUCAGCUGAGGUGGAAAUUAGUGGCUGUGCGCUUUUUGUAGUAACACAAAGCAACCGUGAGCAAAACUGGGCAAGCUUGAAAAACACAUACUCAGAUGAUGAGGUUUAUUUUUCUUGAAUUGCACAGCCACGACUGAGCCCUGUUGUCCACCAGAUCGCCAGCAGCCCGCUUCUCCCACUGCAGAGAGAUACUAAGGCUCCACGGUUUUUCCAGGAAAAGCAUCUCUGUACGUGCAGUUUCACUGACUGCUCUAACUUCCUAAGCGGGAGCUGAAUCCUCAAAUUACGUUUGUUGUUGUAUUUUGAGAGGCCAAAAUUCCUUUUGCAGGUUCCUCUGGAGAUACGUGAGUCAGAGUGGUGCGAUUCAGCUCCCGCACUGGCUCGAUGCAGCACUGAACUCUGUAACGCAGCAGUAGAUGAAGCUGCGUUACGGAGGAUAUAAUGCUGGUCUUUGUUAUGGUUAAGGUGGUUUUUCUUUCAGGAGAUGAAAUCAAACCAUUUCCAAAUGAGGUGCCUGCCCUAGCAGCAUGCGAGACCUUUCAUAGCAAGUUGUUGCUAUAACCAAAGUUUUAAAUCUUCUGCAGAUGUGGAAAUUGUUGGAAGCCUUACUUGCGUAUUGCCUUACGAUGCUAUGCGAAAAAGUCUCUUCAAAGACUAAAAGAUCAAGUAAUUUGUUUGGGUUUUCUUCUCGUGUGCUAGAUGGGCUUGUUUUGAGCUACUGCUGACAAAUUCAUGCCGGAGUCUAAAAUGUGCGGUUUGAAAAGUGACUCUCAAAAAACGCUAGGCUAACAGAAGGUUAAGUUUCCUGGGGAACAAGCUAGCUAUAAUUUGUACUUUAAAAAAGGGCAAUGUCUGAUUUUUUUUCAUUUAAUGUGGAAGCUCCCGUCUGUAGCUCUGGUUGUCAAAAGAAGCCACAAUUUAAACAAGAAUCAGGAUGUUAAUGGGCAUAACCAUUUUAUACAGAUAAACAGUUGCAAAAAGCUUAGGACAACUCAUAAGUUACCAAUCCAUAAAAUCCAGCUCUUAAGUUUGACUCAUAAAGAUUAGAAGUAAUAAAAGGGUUACUGCUAACCUCAAGUAUUAAGAAAUCAUGAGUCAGACCUCCAAAAUCUCAAGGCUGUUCUUAAAAUGUUGUGAUUUUUGAGAAGGUUCAUUUGAUAUUUUAAAGAGGGUUCAUUUGAGUUCAUUUAAUGUACCUUUUACCUUUUUAGUCCAUAGAAAUCACAAAGGCCUGAUUCUUUUUUUUUUUUUUUGGGUAAACAAAAGCUGAAAUUUGGUUGUAUAUUUAUAGGACUACAAGGCCCAUGGCUGUAAGAUGGCACAAAAUAUCAUGAGGCUUGUGGUAUGUGUCUGUGAGAGCUGGCAAGAGUGUGAAGAACUUGUUUUUGUUGCUAGAGUGGUAAGAGAUGACUCUGGGUAUGUGGAAAGAGCAGAACCUAUUCAGUAAGAGAAGGUUUUUUCUUAAAACAUUUUACUACAUGUAUGCUUGCAGAAUGCAACAGGCAGCAAAGCAAAUGUAGGUCAAGUGAGGUUAGUAGGAAGACAUUUAUACUUUUUAUCUUAAAGAGGCAGCUUAGGUGAUGUUAUGUAGGGUUUUCUUUAGAGAAAUGUAAAGGUACGUGCCUGGCAGGUAUUCAGCACUGAACAGGAAGGCACUGAAACGUCUGUGAUUCUUACUCUUUUCCCGAAUGUUAGUUAAGCUUCGGAGAGAUCCUCCUCUCUUCUUACUUGGGCAUAACCUGCUCUUUACAGCACAGUAGAAAGCUACAUGGCGCGUUAGGGAAAAGAAUCGCUGUGCAAAAGUACAGGUAUAAGAGUCUCAUACCAAUUUUGCAGUAUUGUGCUUCUCUGUUCAGCAGACUCCCUGAGACAGUCCUGGGCGCAGAGUCUUCAAAAAGAAGGUCUUUAAAAAUACACACUAGAUUAUGUGCGGGCUGCACGUGUACGCAAGAAGCCUUGCUGUCUGAGGGCUUCCAGCAUCGCUUGCCAGCUCCCUGUUUCCAGCGACCUCAUACCAGCAGAAUAAGUGUCAAUUUUGGGAGAGGCUUUCCUGAGUCAGGCUGGGGAGCCGGCCUCUCUCAAGUGAGAGUGAGUUGAGAGGAAUAGCCCAAAUGGCUGUAAAUGCACCUGCCCAGGAAGAGGAGAUUCAGGUCUAGGAGGAACAAGCCUGCAAACAGAGGGAGGGGGCAUGUUAAGAAGCAUGGGCAUGUUGUGGGUGCCCGAAUGUCUCUCCUUGGCUCUGCGUCUAACCCGUGGUUAUAUUCUGCAUCGUCUUUUCUUCUGCAUCAUCAGCAAUUAUACAGCAAUUCCCAUUUUCAGGGUCGCAUCACCCUCGCGCUAACACCAGCAAGACAGAGAUGCUUUAGCUCCUUCUGAGGGCUUUUUUGCAACCCAUGAGGCAGAAGCAGAGAAAACCCAACUUGACUUCCAGACCCACGCAGGGCUAGCGUCAAACAAAAACACCUUUACUCAUAAAAAUGUGUAUGCACAAGGCAUGCUCGCUCUUCAUUACCAGUGCAAUCAUAAGAAGGCUCCUCUUGUGGAGGACUGAUUUCCCGGCUUUCUGAUUCAUUGUGUUAAUAAAAUCAAAAUCGUUCCUCUGGGCGCUGCUUUAAAAAUACUGGACCUUGCUUGCCGUUUGAAAUAGCGCACCAUGCCUGUCCUCGGCACGGAUCUGAACUGCAGGCCCAGCGUACUUUGGCACAUGUUUACAGCAUGUCACCUUAUAAAAUCAUGUGAAAAGGUCAGCGUGAAUUCCUGUUAAUGCCUUUCCCUUCUUCUGUUGCUGUUGGCUUUCAGCACGUGUGGAGUGAAAGUGAGGACUGCUUACCUUUUCUGCAGCUUGCACAGGAUUACAUUUCUUCCUGUGGGAAAAAGACGCUCCAUGAAAUACUGGAAAAAGUCUUCAAAUCCUUCAGACCCUUACUUGGGCUUCCAGAUGUUGAUGAUGAUGCAUUUGAAGAGUAUAACGCAGAUGUGGAAGAAGAGGAACCAGAAGCCGAUCACCAACAAAUGGGUGUCAGUCAGCAGUAAUUUUCUGAGAAGCUAAAAAAUUCGGAAUCCUUUGGUACCAGGUGGGGUCAUGUGGUCCCACGUUAACCUAUUUGAAUUAGCACAUCACCCUGGGAUACCUGGCGCCCAGGAUAAAAGUUUCAAAAACGGUUAAAAAAAAAAUCUGUGAUGAGCUUUGCUAAGAAGUGACCUGAAUUUUGCUCCUGCUUCAGUGGGGUUUCUAUGGAGUUGUCUUGGUAGCAUUCUGCCAUUAUCAGUUUAGAAGUAGUUUUGUUGCUGACUGUCUCUUUGAUUUGUAUUUGAGAAUAACAUUCACUGGCAUGAAUGUAGAGUACUUUGAAUGUAGGAACUGUUUGGUUAGAGUGCUAAGUACUCACAUGUGACCUUACUGAGGAAAUUAAUGCAGAGAGUAAAUGCAAUGUGCACUUUUCUUUUCAGUUCAAUGACUAGGGUUUUUGACUCUAUACUACCAGACAAAGUACUGAACCUUGAGAGGCUUCUCCUGAAAAACACUAGUUUAAUAGUGGUCGGUACUGCAGAAGUGCACAUGGAGGCUUAACAAAAGUAAUGGGCAGCGGGAAAUCCAUGCGAGUAUUGGUGUGAGAUGAAUUAAUGUCAUUUUACUAGCACCAGAUUUUACAAGUGCUAGAUUAAUCACUGGACAUAAUUAAAGCUGUGGUAUCAACAGUGCACGUUAUAAGGAACCUUGGUACUUUGACACCGUUUGAUCCAAAGCCAAAUGCUGUUUUUGGACAAAUAGAAUCAAUUAAAAGCAGCCAUUGCAUAUCUCACUUCUGCAUGAAAACCAACUUUAAACUUCACUGUUUUUAAUAUGCUGAUAAAUUAUUAUUCAAAUCUGGCAGUAUCCUGAGUUGAAGUGCAACUUAACUUUGAAGCCAUAAGGGUAUAAACCAGCACCUGGCUCUUUAAAUUACGCUGGACUUCUUCCUCACUCCAGGCCUCGGGUGUGUAGUCCUUGAGCUAGUUUGGCGGCCAUUUACACCCCUUCGGAGGGGAGGUAAAACACUACCCAGCCAGAAGGGCAAGAUUUGUCUCUUCACACUAAGGCUACCGUGGCGCUUUGGAGAGGUUAAAAGGCCUCACAGGGAUUGCAGAGGUAACUCAUGGCCACUUUACACCACUUUACAGCCCCUUUGUACUGCCAGGCUUCAGCCGAUAUAAAAGCUAAUGAAGGAGAGGGUUUACUUCAGCUAGGGCUUGCUCUGCAGAGUGGUUUGAGGGGGUCUUGGUAUAAAAGGGAAUAAGGCCCCUUGUAUUUUUUACCUAUUUUGCAUAGAUUUAAAUGACUCCAAUGAGUACCACCCAGUGAAGAUGCAGGGUCUCUUUAUUUACUUGUCUUUUGUACUGAAGAUAUAAGAAACCAAGGCACUCUGUUGUAAUACAGGUAUUUUCCACAAUCAAACAAAAUGUUUCUCAAUUUCUUCCAUUUUUCCAAAUUUUUUAAAAUUCUGACCUGAAAGUCACACACUUCAAAAGCCCUUUUAUACAGAUUUAGCCUUAUAAAAACAGAACAGGAAUGAAGAGAAAAUGCUCGGACAACUCCCAGAAACAACUUGCAGCAUUUUGAAAACCUGGUUGUUAGCAAUGUCUCCUUCUCAAUAGAUUUUUUUAAAGCCAUUUUUUCAAGGUUAUUUAAGGGAGUAAGUUUUCUUGGUGGUUUACAUUUCUGAUGAUGGCUGGAGAGAUGCAUAGCACUUGAUUUUUUUCGAUCUGAGGCAAAGACCUUCCAUAACCAGGAUGGUGUUUGAUAUCUGAGUAUGCACAGAAGUGUCUGCAACGCUGUAAAAGUCUGAGCUUAAGAACAUUGGAAAAGUAGAAAAGGAACAGAACUUAACAAAACUUUGUACAUUCUUUCGGCAUGCAGGCGUAAACAUGAUAGUCGCAACACAUUUUCUAUGGACUAGUGACGUGAGAACUGUGGCAGUUCAUUGUAUAACACUGUACAGCAGCAAUAGGCUUUUUGCUUACUGAAAUAAAAAGUGCAAGACCGGUGGUUUCCA